UCGUGGAAAACCCUAGUCUUCGAAAAGCCUUUGUUGAAACGCCAUCCCCCUCUCUCUCCCGUCCUCUCUCUGCCUCUCUUUUUCCCUCUCUUCCUCCGAGAGUAGCAGCGGCGAACAGCGGGCGGCAAGAUGGGGCGGGUGAGGACGAAGACGGUAAAAAAAUCGUCGAGGCAGGUGAUCGAGCGGUACUACUCGAGAAUGACGCUUGACUUCCACACCAACAAGAAAAUCCUGGAGGAGGUUGCCAUCAUCCCCUCGAAGCGCCUCCGCAACAAGAUCGCCGGCUUCUCCACCCACCUGAUGAAACGCAUCCAGCGUGGUCCAGUCCGUGGCAUCUCCCUCAAGCUCCAGGAAGAGGAGCGCGAGCGCCGCAUGGACUUCGUUCCCGAUGAAUCCGCCAUCAAGACGGACGUCAUCGAGGUCGACAAGGAGACGAUCGACAUGCUUGCGGCCCUCGGCAUGGCGGACCUCCCUGGUGUCGUCAAGCAGCCCGACGCCCCUACCGGCGGCCUGGGCUACUCAAAGCCCGGUGGUGGUUACAUGGGCCGGAGAAGCUAGGCCUCCAGGAGAGCGUCUUCUGCCCCUUGAUAUUUCUGAUCGGAUCGUGAUUGUGGUCACUUUUGUUCCUUUCCCAUUUUGUUAGAUGUUUCAGAUUUAGGACUCUGUUCCGAACAGUAAUAGAGAUAUUUUUGUUUCUCUUUUUUACCGGGAAUUUGGUAUUAUGUUUCUCGCAAACGUUUGAGCAUAAUAUGUUUAUCGUCGUCUGAUGUUCAUCUAUGUUUUGUUUGGGAAUGAUAGUUACGCUAGGCCACUGGUGCUUUCACAUGCUAGUGUUGUAGAUGCGACCCUCAGUGGUUUCUUCUCUUACCCCUUAUGUUAUGGUUUCAUUUAUUA